AGUUUCAAAUAUUACAUUGGCGAUUAAUGUGCAAGAUGAAAAUUAAAUUUUCCGCGUAUUUUACGCAAUCAUAAAACGCGUAUUUUAGAAAUAAUUUAAGACGUUUUGUGCGAUCUUUAACGUAAGGAACAAUGAAUACGAUAUUAUUGACGAAUUCAAUAAUAAGAAUAUUUAAAUUCAAAAUAAAGUGAAUAAUGGAGAUGUUACGUUUACUUUUGAAUAUGUUUCUUCGAUAAUGGCAUUACUGCGUUCGUGUUUUUGCUGCGGAUUAGCCAUAGCAGCUGGAUUUUUAGCUGUAUAUCUAGUUAUAGCUUAUAUGGUAGCUUUUGGAUUUGAACUGCUAUGGAUACUGGAAUCAGACACUGUCCUUCCCACAGCCGCGAUGCUAUUGUGCGCAGGAUACUUUGUCGUUGGACUGUUUGCAGCCCUUUUAAUUCACGGAAUCGCAACGGUAUAUAAUAAAUUUUACCCUUUUCAUUCUUUCAUUAUCAUCAUUUUUAUCUCUAAAAUGAUUAGGUACCUAAUAAACAUUAAAAAUUUGCUCAAUUCUGUUGAGUACUUAUCUCUUUUAAAUCGCUACUGUAUAAUCACGAAAAAAAUUAUCAAAUAUUAUCACCCUAAGGUCGUCAGUCCUAAAACUGGUCGGAUACGUCGUCAUAGGUUGGAGUUGCUGCUCCCAACAUCGAAGAUGGAAGGACCUUUGAAGAAGUCGCCGUGCUGGCGAAACAGGGUUGGUUCACUUUAUGGCCUGACUGAGCUUACGUGCUGGUUUGCAAGGAUAAUCAGCAACGUGGUUGAGUUUAUAUUGGUGCAGUCCCUUUAUUCCACAUGGAAACAAGAGGAACUAAUAAACAAGCGCUUGAGAGAUCUCCAUUCAACGGUCGUUCCCCUCCCACGAGAUUCUAGUCUUAAUUUAAGUACUUUAGGAACUGUUGCUUAUCAUAACAACGGUUUUGAUGGAUCGAUGGAUCGAAUUGGCAGUGGUAUCAAAAGGUCAAUGUCAAAUCCACAAAUUUGGAAUGGAAAUCUUCUAAACAACGCCUUUAUGUACCAAUAUGGUCUUUCGGAAAGCGAGUUCAAUGCCAGUACCUUUAGCCCGUCUCAAAUGGUCCACAGUGACAAACAAAUCAAAAAGGCUCAAUCAUUAAUAGAUUUCCCAACAGUAGAUGAGAUACCCAUAAAAGAAAACCUGAAACAACAGUGGCAACCGUGGAUGUCAUCAACCCUUGAAACGAAUAGUGUUAUCAUGCCAACUUACAACACGUACAGCACAUACAACCCCCGGAUGUUAGCCAAGUGCAACAUGUCAGUGGAUGUAUUAAAAAAAUAUGCGUCGAUGGACGCCCUGAAUGAUAUAAAUCGCAAUCACCAUAUCAUUAGACACCGAACAGGGUUCUACGCUCAACCCCUUCCCGAUUGUGACGUGCCCAUAUACUACGGACCCUUGGAUGGGCCAGACUUUUUAAUAUACAAGAAAAAAAUGGACAAACUGACGAGCAAAAAUUCUUUAAGUAAUACAUCAACUGAUGACGUGCAAAAAUAUAGAGACGUUGCAUUGUAAAAAUAAUGUAUACUGGUCUCGUUUUUAGUGCAAUCUUAUUAUUAUUUGUUUUUUCA